AUGUCUGCCGGCCGCAGGUCUGGACGUCUCAAAGGCCCAAGGGCGGUGUACGUCGAUGAUCCAUUCGAGGCAGCUGGACUCAGUGACAACGAGGAGGAGUCCAAUAAACCCAAAGUUUCUUCAAGGCGGAAAGGCAAACGCGCAGAGGCCGAAGAUUUAUCUUCAGAUGAUGAAUUUGUCGCUGGUUCUGGUGAUGAGGUCGACUAUGGACUUGACGAAGACGAAGUAGGGACAGACGCUGCAGAUGACCCAGAAGGUGAGUUAGGGUCACAAGGCGGUGCCUCUGAGCCCGAAGAAAUGUGGAUCGGUGCUGCUGAAGGCACUCUGAGGAAAGAGCGUUCGGGAUUUCAACAACGUGAUACGCACGCCCGGAAGCGAAGAGCAGAUGCGGCGGCUCUGCCAAAUCCAGACGAGACGCACUCCCGUGGCAUAAUCGAGCCCAAGGACCACCUCUCGAAGACUGCCUAUUAUACUCUGACAUUCGGUACUGAUGAUCGAGAUCUAAUGGCCGCCGUCCACUUCCGUAUGCGUUGGAACAAGGCCCUGGACGUUGCUUUUCCCUCUCGCGCUACUUUGGAAGACAGAGAACAGAAGCCUUCAUACCUCUACGGGCCGACAUUUGGCGUCCACCCAGAUGAUAUGUUGAGAGAAAGCACACGUGGCUGGGACUGGUACUAUGACCGGGACACCGGUCCGAUUUUUAAGAAAAAGCAGCGCAUCCACAAUCUGGAAGAGUCCAUGAUAUUUCAGAGAUACCUACCUCCACCAGAUGCACGAAAACAUGGCAUUUUGCUGGGACCACACAACAACCAGCAACUGUACAAGCUCGGUUAUCAUGAGACUUUUGAUUUUGGAAAAGCCUGGAGCACCCAACCAGGACAGUCAGAAACCGGGACCAGGAAGAUUCGAGAGGGCUGGAUUUUGAACAUCGGUCACAAGGCACUUUGCAUGGCUUGGGCUCCAAACCAGGAUGGCCUUACCCAGUACCUCGCUGUGGUCGCACCAAUCACAGAAGCACAGAAAGCGCAGUGCACCCCUGAAGGAAGUGAGCCUACUACGCCAUUUAGGCCUUCACAUCCAACUCCUAGUGCUCUGCAAAUCUGGGAGUUCAAAGGGAAAAAGAGCGAGACUCCCACAAUCACUCUAGAUAUGGAAACCAAACCCAGGCUUCGACAAGUCCUGUGUGCCGACUGGGGCGACCUGAGACGCAUGUCAUGGAAUAGCAUGCCUAGGGCCAAAAGAGAGGAAGACGAAGAAGAAGCGAGAAAGUCCAUUGGAUUGCUCGCGACCGUAUGGGGAGAUGGAAAGGUCAGAGUCUUGGAUAUCAAGACAGAACGAGGGUCACAAAAAACAGAAUAUCUCAAAGUUGAAUCGCCCGCCUUUGAGGCAAGACCUCCAGCAACAGUCUGCACAUGCGUCACUUGGCUAUCUCCCGGUGACCUUGCAGUAGGCUGCGGUAACGGAUUUGUAGCAGUCUGGAACAUCAAACCUUGCUCUGAGCCUGAACCUCUACCUUAUUUUUAUCGACCGGUACACGACACCUACAUCUUGAGCAUCACAUCGGCCUAUCCAGCCCAUCCCCAACUCAUCAUCACUGUAGCUAUGGAUGGCGAAACGCGAAUGUGGUCAACCAUCGAUAGCUCGAGUGAAAUGGCCUCGACCGUUCGCAUGCGAGGUGCCUCUGCCUACAUCAGCUAUUCUCCUCUUUGCCAGUCUGUGAUUGCAGGAGACGAAAAUGAGUUCGCUCGCAUCAUCCCCAUUCGAAGAUUCAUCAGCACCACAGUCAUUGCGAGGUUCACAAGCAACAUCUCGGCCAUGGCACCAUCUAGUACCCAUCACCCUUGCGCUUUGUUUGGCAGUACUGCCGGUGAAGUUGCAGGAACGAAUCCGUUCCGACGGAUCCUUUACAAUAAGGAACAAGUAUGGCAGCAGAUGUGGUUCACUCAUGAAUGGGUCCGGCCUACUUCGGAGACAGACACUCUGGGCAUUAGCCGAUUCUACGAUGGAUACCGGGCAGAAAACCAGAAGCUGGCAAAGAACAAAAUGUCCGAGUCCAAGCCGAUCAUGGGGAUGGGGACUUCCACCAUCUACGAGGAAGGCACCCACGUCACAGCUCUUGGGUGGAACCCCAAUCGCCACUGUGCAGGGUGGGCCAGUGCUGCGCUGGGGUGUGGGUUAUUAAGAGUGGAAGACCUUGCUAUCUAG